AGAGUUUACGGUCUCUCACUUCCGGCUACCUUUGCUGAAUCAACGGUGGCGAUUCUCACUUGAUAUGGGCACUUGCAGAAAUAUUGACUCUGUUCUGUGGCAAAGAGGUCAGACGAUCGUGUCUCUACAUCAUGCGUUAGAGGCUCAGGAGGCAUAGGGCGAUCGGUUUACAUCAGAUCUCCCAUUGAUCUGCAACAGAUAGAUGCACUUCGACAAGACUGGGAUACCCUGGGGUGUGCCCCCAAAGUCAAUUGGAAGACAUCAUCGGGGACCAGAAGCGCGAAGUCGCCGUCCAAGGAUAUCCCACUUCUAGAGACUACGAAUGAUGUGAAUAUCCGAGGUCCGUUGAUAGCCAGGGUGUCUUUUAGACAUAUAAGUUGGCUCUUUUUGACCCGUCACCUAUCUUCGUCGGCAUCAAGAACCGACACCGAACCACGAAGCAACAGAGUGAUAAUCCAGACAUACAACCACCUUUUCCUUCUUCCUUCUCAUAUCAAAAUGACGCAAGCUGGUACCCCUCUUACUCAAGAAAACACCUCUCGACUAUUCAAGCAUUUCAGUGGUGAGGGACCCCCCGCCAACGACCGUUGGGCGGCCUUGUGGGAUGCGGGUGACUUCCUGCCCUGGGACCAGGGAAUUCCUAACCCAGCGCUCGUGGACCUGUUUGGCACCCGUCAGGAUCUCUUGGGUGUCUCUGCCUUCAUCGAAGACGAGACAGGGGAACGGCGUCGGAAGCGUGCCUUGGUCCCCGGCUGCGGGCGUGGCUACGAUGUCCUUCUCCUGUCCAGCCUAGGCUAUGACGCCUAUGGCCUCGAAGUGUCAAGCAAGGCCGUGGACGCGGCAAGGGCCUGGGCGGACGAACACUUGGCUGAUUAUCCCGUCCAUGAUGAGAGUAGUGGCCGUGGCAAGGCCAGAUUUGUCCUAGGAGACUUUUUCUCAGAUGACUGGAUAACCCAAGCGGAUGGCCAUGACAAAUUUGACUUCAUCUACGACUAUACCUUCUUCUGCGCCCUCAGUCCAGAUCUUCGCUCUGCCUGGGCCAAGCGAUACUGGGAACUGCUUUCCACGCACCCUGAAAGCCUGAUCGUCUGCGUCGAGUUCCCCACCACCAAGAAGUUAUCCGCGGGGGGCCCGCCCUAUGCCUCUCCAUCAUCGGUGUAUCUGGCACACCUAGGCCAUCCUGGGCAGGAGAUCACCUAUGACGUCGACGGAAGCCCCUCGCUUGGAAUUGGCGAAGAAAAUGCUCGGUCAGUCGGGUUCUCCAGAAUCGCUCAUUGGAAGGCGGAACGGUCGCAUGCGAUGGGCAAUGGCACGGAUUGGGUGAGCGUGUGGAGGCGUGGGAUGUAAGGAGGUGGGCUGGGUUACAGUCCUGACGCCUA